AUGUUCAGUCGUCUUUCUGGCCUUGCUAACACAGUCCUACAUGAACUGUCUGGAGAUGGAGAAGGAUCUGAAAAUGUACAGGAGUCUGACUCAGUGGCAGAAUCUGGUACAGUGGAGAAAAUGUCAGAGGACCAGGUGGAAACAUUGGCUCACUAUGAGCAAUUGGUGAUUCAGCUGAAAGAGCUUAUACAGCAAAAGGAUGCAGAGAUCCAGCAAAAGGAUACCGAUCUUCAGCGGAAGGAAACACAACUUAAGGUUAUAAAAGACAAGAAAUAUAAAAACCAGAACAAUUAUACC